AUGUCGGUCAUAUUGUGUACAGCUGGAUAUGACCACACCAUCCGAUUCUGGGAAGCUCUCUCGGGCAUCUGCUCGCGCACUAUCCCACACCCCGACUCGCAAGUGAAUCGUCUGUGUAUAUCACCCGACAAGCGCUACCUCGCCGCCGCCGGUCACCACACCGUUAAACUGUACGACAUCAAAUCCACCAACCCAAAUGCCAUUCUCACCUUUGACGGCCACACGUCCAAUAUCACGGGCGUCGCAUUCCACUGUGAGUCCAAGUGGUUGGUGACCUCUAGUGAGGACGGUACUGUCAAGAUCUGGGAUACCAGGAGUGGGAACGUACAGCGCAACUAUACCCAUGGCGUGCCAGUCAAUGACGUGGUCAUCCAUCCCAACCAGGGCGAAUUGAUUAGCUGCGAUCGUGGAGGCAACGUCAGGAUCUGGGAUCUGGGUGAGAAUAAGUGCUCACACCAACUGAUCCCCGAGGACGAUGUCAGCGUAGCCAGUGUAACUGUUGCUAGCGACGGCAGCAUGUUAUGCGCUGGGAACAACGCAGGAAACGUUUACGUAUGGCGCAUGAUCCAACGUACAGACACGACGUCCAUCCUCCCCAUCUGCAAAUUCCUCGCGCACUCGACCUACAUCACCCGUGUCCUCCUCUCGCCCGACGUCCGCCACCUAGCCACUUGCUCGGCAGACCAUACGGCACGCAUCUGGUCCGUCGACACAAGCGCCCCCCACAACGUCAUGCCCAGCGACAACCUCCCCACCGCCGCCGACCGCGACCCCGCUGCCUUCCCCCUCGAGACAACCCUCCACGGCCAUCAGCGCUGGGUCUGGGAUUGCGCAUUCAGUGCCGAUAGUGCGUAUCUGGUGACUGCUUGCUCGGACCACUAUGCGCGUCUGUGGGAGCUCGGAAGCCAGAGUAUCAUUCGGCAGUAUAACGGGCAUCAUCGUGGCGCCGUCUGUGUGGCUUUGAAUGAUACGGCCGUGGGGAAUUAA